GGUUCUAUGCAGCACAUUAUCUUACCGUUGUGCGUCUCUUGGUGAAGGGCAAUUACCAUGGCAACACCAAGCAAAGAGCAGGUUUUAAAAGGCUGGGCUACCACUGUCUCUCCCCCUCUCUCUUUUAUCUGCUCUCAGACCAUUCUACCUAAUUCAACCAUAUUAGUCUGCUGGGUGACAGAGAAGAGCACAACAGGAGGAUUUCUCUAUCUGUUCAACUGCUUCCUUUAUAUCCUGCAGUCUGAGGGUGUGCUUUUGGUCUGUUAGAGGAGAGUGAAUGUUGUAAUUCUCUACCCUGAUUUUCAAGCACAGGAUAUCUGGACAAAAAAGAAGAUGCCAUCUGUGUUUCUUUUCUGGGACAAUGGAUUGUUGGUGCUGCUUCUGUGCUGACUGAAGAUGACAGCUGGAUAUGCACAGGUCAGGUGUUAUCUAUUGGAAAUAAAUGGAAAUGUGGAUUGUUUUUCAUGUUUUGAAGCCUUUAAAUGUGAAGCAAACUGGAUUUUUAAGGAAACAUGUGGACAAAGAGAUUUUUUUUUCUUUUACAAGACAGGAAAUGAAUCAGAAAAGUAAUGGCAUUUAGAGAAUUUAUUUAAUUGUCUGAAAUGUCACUGAGGCCUAUUUACCCACUGAGAAGACACGGGGAGGAGAACCUUCUAGAUAUGGAAACAAGAAAGUCUAACAGGGAAGAAAAAGAAGAGAAAGAUUGUUUGCAGCAGUUCUCCUGCUGUCUAGCCUGUACCCAGGAGUAUGACAUUGUCCUGAUCCUGCCAUGCUCUCACACCCUGUGUGGUGAGUGUAUAGCAGCUGGAGAGGGAAGACGUUCAGCUGGGCCUCCUCACCGUAGUGUUGGCGUACCUGUCUGCUCUGUGCUGUGCCCAGGCUGUCGACAUACCGUGGAGCUGCCAUGCUGGACCUGGUCGUCUGCCACUUCCUGUCUCCCAAAACAUCCCACCCUGACUCCUGCAAGUGUCAGCGGGAAGAGAAGCACAGAGGGAACAUCUGAAGAUCAACUUCGGUGUGUGGAGGGGGGCACUUACUGCUGGGAAGCAAGAGACAUAACAGCACAGAACUGUUUACAUGGCUCCCAUAGUGCCAGUUCCUCAGUAGCUCCAGUGGAUGGCAUCAUAGACCUGCGAGAGGAGGAGAUGGAACAGUCUGUCUUUGGACUAAGUUUUGCUCUGGACCCUUCAUCUGUACCUCCUACCCUCCAUCUUUCCAACUCCUUGCUCACUAUCACCCACCAAGGAGAGAACUCUUCUGACCCAACUUCUGACAACAGAUCAGUGACCUCUAACCCAGAGGAUACGCCUGCCCUACCCCAGGUCUGUGCUAAUGUUGUCAUUGCACAAGGACAGUAUUACUGGGAAGUGGAUGUUUGUAACAGCUCUGUCUACAGGAUCGGUGUGAGCUCUUUGGAUGGUUCUAGCGGUUGGUGGUUCGAAAGGCAAGGUUUGUCUUUUUGUGUAAUAUAUGACGGGAGCCAGGAGCCUCUCUGCACUGUCCCGCCUCAGAUCAAAACCCUUGGGGUCUUCCUUAACAUUGGUGGUGGCACCCUGUGCUUUCACAACCCUCUGACCCAGGAGCACCUUGCCACACUGCCUACCCGCUUUGACCCUGCUGGAGUACUCCCAGCUCUGUGCCUGGGUCAGGGCAGACUGAAACUGCGCUGUGGCCUUCCCCCUCCUUCACAUGUGUUCCUCAGUAAGGACUCAGCCUACAGGGGACGUUGUGGGACUGGUGGAGGCCAGUGGCGCAGGGAGAUUCCCUUCCAGUCAGUGAGGAAAGUUAUACAGAAGUUUGAGGAGUUGGCUGUGUCAGACUCAGACUCAGGCCUGGUGUCCAGUUUUGGAUCGUCCUGCUCCACUUUGGCUUCCCUUCCAGAUCUGAGGAUCCCUGGGAUGUUUCCCUCUGGGCAAGUAGGACAGGACAGUGGAGUUGAAUAAGAAGAGCCUCUGAAACACACCCACUGCUCCUCUGAGUGGUUUGAUCUUUGGCUGGCAUUUGAAAAGCUAAUUUUUCAUCUUGAAGGACUUUUGGCUCCCUCUUUCCACUCUCUGCGUGACCCCGGACCUGCAAUUGACUCUCUCCCCAGGACAUAACCCUUUCUCUCAACCAAACAACCCCCACUGGUUUGGGAUCAGGCCAGAAAGAGUCCCUGUAAUAUGAAGUGUGAGGAAAGGGUGGGAUUUUAGCAGCGGGACUCCUUGAUUUGUCUAUGUGUGACAGUUGUCAGACAGUAGGGGUCCUACAGUAGUAGUGCGCAUGUUCCUGUAUGUGUGUAUGUGGGCACAAGCACUACCCUGAGGAUGUGCGUUUGCUCAGUCGAAUUUCAGUGUGUGUGUGAGCAAGAGGGAACAAUGUACAAGUGACAGGGGGUGAGUUGAUGAGGUGUGAGUGCAGUCACACCAACAGUGUUGACAGAGAAGCAAGGACAGGUGGUAACAUACUGUUUAUCCCGCGGCCUGCCUCCGAUAGGACAGUAGAGCUGCCCUUUUCUGACCCUUUGAAAACCACAGGACUCCCAAAGACUUCAAAAGGGGUGACAGAGAAUGGCAGAACAGAGAGGGAGAAAGAGAAAACAGCAUGCAUGAAUUAAAGACAGCAGGUGAUAAAAGAAAGUAAAAAAAGAAAUGAGCUGAGACAGAGGGAUUCCCAACAGCUUUCAUGCCAAGAAGCCCUGAAUAGAUCAACAGGCUCAGGCCACACCAUCUGAGAACUUGUUUUUAUGGUGAAAUUAAGCUGCAGAAGCCACUACUUUACAUUAGAAGUGCUGAGAUUAUAGUGUAUUGAUAGGGACACUUUAGUUGUCUUGGCAAGUUUCACAGUUAAGCAUGUGUCAUUUUAUUGGUCUGAAGUUGAAUAUAUGUUUUAAUACCUCUGUUUGCUGAGAGUUUUCUUGCAACUCCAACCUUCUUGUGUCUCUUCUUCAUUGGCCUUUAAGCUCCACACCCCUGGUUUUGCAUGUUAGGCACAGAUUCAACUUGAGUGACUGUGGCAAAGGAAAUAGUGAAAGUAUAAACUUUUCCUAAUUUUCUCCUCGAUCCCUACGGCUCCAAGCCCCAUUUGAAGAACCACUGGUGCCGAGUACUAUUUAUACUUGGCAUGGCUGAUCUUCAUAUUCUCCCCCUAUGACCACUUGACUUAUGAUUAAGUAAUGCAGGCUCUAUUGAAGAAUUCCUUCUUUCCCCACCUUCUUAUUUCCUGUCUGUUUUCCAAUGACUGUCUUUGCCUUUUUGGAAGGUGUAAUCUCCAAGUAUUCAGUCAGACCACCCAAACUGUAAAUCUCAUUGUAGGAAAGAGAAAACCCUUGCAAUUAAAAACAAGCAUCAAUCAGUAGUAACACUGCAGGGCCACUUUUGAAGACAAGUAGCAGUGGAGUUGGGCCAACUUUCCAUUCAGCAUCAUUCAUUUCAUGCAUGCACGAAAUCAGUUAAGCAGCGGGUCAGACUCAGUAAUAACCGAUGAGUCAAAUAGAGUCUUGUUAGACUGUCGCCUCUCAGACCACUCAUCAGGAUGACUCUGUGUUGAUGUUUAACGGUCGAGGCAUUUACCACGCGAGUAAAAAAUGCGUGUGCCGUGACUGCUUUUGGCACAGCUCUCUCUGUAGAUCUAUUACCAAUAAAGUGUGUGGAAGCAAUUUGACUCUUGUAAACAGAAAUGAGAGAGGCGUGAUGCAGAUUUCAAAGGGCCAGGAGGAGAGAGUGGGGGAGUUUGCCAGGAAGGAUGGAUAAGACUUGAAACGUGUUCUGUGCCAUGUGUGUAUGUAUUUGGCUGCAUCUGCUGUAUGCAGUCUGGCUUUCUGUACAUGAACUCUAUGCAAA